GUGAUCUGGCUUCCUGUAAUGUGCUGCCUCAUUUCACAGCAGAGAGAAGGAGCCCAUUUCUGUGCCAGUCCUGAUAUAUCCACUUAUCAUAUCUACUAGAAGAAUCAUAAUCCGAGAUGUUACGGCGGAAACCGUCCAACGCCUCGGACAAGGAGAAGAAGAAGCUCUCGUUACAACGUUCCAGCAGUUUUAAGGACUAUGGGAAAUCAAAGAUCAACUCUCCAGGAGUAUGCGACAAGGAGUUCAGCCUGGAGACGGAGAUCCCUGAAAAUGAGACUCCAUCUGACGCCCAAGGAGCAGAAGAAGGGAAACACAGCGGAGGCAAGUUCAGCAAGAAAUGGCGAGCGGUUAUAUCUCGGACGAUGAAUAGGAAGUCAGGGAAGAUAAUGAUGAAGGCGAUGGCUGAUGAAAUGGGAGAACAUGGAGAGCAAGGCUCUAUGUCGCCAAUUUCCCUGGAUGGAAGCAUGGAUGGCAGCUUUCCAAGAAAAUUCUCAGAUCCCGAGGACAACCAGCACACAGCAGUCAGCCGACAGACCUCCAGCGGCAGUGAGCUGUGCAGUCCUUCCUAUAUGUUCAGUAACAGAGACAGCGUCAACUUGGAGAACCUCGCCCCUCCAUAUACUGGUCCCUUCUGUGGAAAGGCAAAGGUCCACACCGACUUCACACCAAGUCCAUAUGAAAAAGACUCCCUCAAGCUCAGAGUGGGAGACAUCAUUGAAAUCAUUGAGAAGCCACCGGUUGGCACCUGGACAGGAAUGCUUAAGAACAAGGUUGGAUCGUUCAAGUUCAUCUACGUUGAUAUUCUUCCAGAGGAGAUUGAGAACCCAAGAAAAGUCCGGACACAUGGACGGAGCAAAAAAUUCCAGCCGAAGAGUUUACUGGAACUACUGGAACGGCUAAACUUGCAGGAACAUAUUGCAACUCUAAUGCUCAAUGGCUACGAGACUAUCGAAGACUUUAAAGAUCUGACGGAGAGUCAUCUAUUGGAACUGAAUAUAACUGACCCUCAGCACGUUGUGAAGCUCCUCACCGCGGCUGAAGUCUUGCUGGAUUAUGACACCGGCAGUGAUCAUGAGGAGGUGGCCAAGACGUCAUCCUUGAGUCUAAAUUGUCACCUUCCCCGAGACUCCGGCUGUUACGAGGGACCCGAGAACCUGGAGAACAGUAGAGAUGAGUCAGACAUCAACAACACCGAGGAAAACGUUCAAACAUUGUCCUUAGAUGACUCUAUUAUCAAGAAACAUUCAGAGAGUGAGCGGCCUGAAGAAGUAACCAGCUAAGAUGGGGGCGAUAUCCGUGGGUUCACUGACCGCAAGAGUCAACGACUCGGAUAAGUCCAGGAAUGUUUUUGUAAAAUGACUAAACAUUCAGCUGUGACCGGACAAAGCUCUCAGAUAUGAAGACCAAAUAGUUUUCAAAAAUAUGAGUCUACUUUUUAUCUUGUUUUAAAUGUUUUUGUAUUAAGAUCAUUCUUGGCACUGCGGUUCUGCCGUCUGUAUGAACUGCAAACACAAAGUAGAACCUUCGCAAUAGGACAGUCUUUUAUUGGGUUAGUCCUCUCCAAAAGUGGUGGGGCUGGUCUUCUAAUAGAAGUUGUCUUUUGGAGAUGUUUCAGUAUAUCUGCCAUACAGGAGACUGCCUCUCCGUGCUACACAGACUUGUAUUAUGUCCCACACUAGAAAGAAGGACACAUGAGAAGAUUGAUCAAGAAUUUCACAUUGAAUAAAUACAGGCAAGAGGGUGGAAAGUGCAGAGAUAUGGGGUUACUAAGACGUUCAUGUAUUACCUUUUUUUCAGAAGACAACAAGAGCAGCCAAAGUUUAUGGGGUCAAGAGGAGAUCAAGGGUGGGAAGGUCCAGAUACAGUAGAAAGUUCUGCUCUUAACGUAUCUCAAGAAAAGCAAUAGUAAUUAGCCAAAAAAAUUAACUCAACAAAAUAUCCUCCAGAGAUUAGUCACACAGGUGUCAGAAGUGGACCAUAGUCUCCAUCAACCAAAAUUGGCUGAAUUAGAGGAAAGUCAUCCAGCGACUAGGAAUGGGUUUACAGUUUGGGUCAACGUUCUUUCUCUUGAUUGGUUAUUAGGACAAAGAUCUCAAAGCCAAAAGACGUUGACGAAUCCUGUCUAUUAUGUAAACAGUGUGAACUAAGACCAGACAGUCUAAAGACCUCAAGAUCUGUGAGAUCUAUCCAAGUGGCUGAUGCCUGAUGAUAAAUGUGGGGCUUCUUGCUAACUUGUCUAACUUUACACCAAAUAUUAGUUGGAUUACUUUCUGCCAAAGGUUUGGCGCAGGUUGUCACAGUUUAAGCCCCUUCCCUGUAGGCCACACUUCUUGUUUAAUAGGGCAAAAAGUGUCUAAAGCACAAAAUAAAUAUAGUGCAGGGAUGUACGAGCCAAUAUUUCAUGAUGUUGUCCUCAUACUAAGGGCAUAGGUGUAAAACCUGAAAAGCAAAAGGCAGACCACAGAGGGCUCCAGUGCAAAUAAGGUACAUGGGCCCUUUUCUCCCCACCAGGUCAUCACAGACCCCUCAUGUCUCUCUAAUAAUCCACUAGUAAUAGCGCCAUGAAAUCCAUUAGAUGUAAACAGUAUGAAGCAGUUUAAGGGUAAAUGCACAUGUUCAGGAUUUAUGUGCGGACAAUCUGCAGAUGUUCGCAGGGAAAUCCGUGCGGUCAAUCAAAUUUAGUGCGGAUUUACCUGUCCCCAUUUUAAAAUCCGCACUAUAGUUUAAAAUCUGUGCAGAAAAAAAUCUGCAUUGUGUGCAUGAGAAUUUUAAUUUCUCAUAGAAUACAAUGUACAUGACCUACAGUGAGGAUUUUCCACAUGGAAAUCUGUGCAGAAAAUCCGCACGCAAACCUGAUCGUGUGCAUUUAGCCCCAUUACCAUCUGGUGCCUUGUGCAGGUGCCUCCUACGGUACGUCUACCCCGGCCUGACAGGACAAAAGACCUUCACCCUCUGUACAGAAUAUAGCUGUGAAUACUUGACAUUGCAAUAGAAGAAUUUCUGAUGACGCUUAGACUUAGUUCCAUUCUUAUCAAACACAUUUUCCGUCUUCUAGAUACAUUGUAUUUCUACAAACAAUAGAAAACCAAUAACAUUGUACAUAGUUCGUAAACUGUUACUUUUUCUACUUUUACGUGAAAAUAAAGGUGGUGGAGAACUGUUGCAAGA